AUGGGUCGGCUCGACCGGAGUGAUACCACGGCCUCACAGAAAACCGGCGUGAAAAAACCACAGCGUUGUGUUUCGCCGUUGGGCCCCGCCCCUUUCUUCCCCGCCGACUCUAGUAGUAGUUUCGGAGCGCCAGUGACGUACGCGUAUCGCUGCGAGAUGGACGCGCCCGACGACCGAUAUUACGGCAACCAGACGCCGGACCGCUCCGACACGAACAGUCCGCGCUCACAAAUGAGUAGUCCCAACUCAAACUCUUCUAUCAAUGUGACGGAUCAAUCCAUUACGCUUUCUCAGCACCAACAGAACUUAGAGACACUAAACAGAAUGGGAAUGUUUUUUCACGCGCAACAAAUGCAUCUUAACCAGAGUUUUGAUGCUGUGAAAUCUAGGUUAGGCUUGACACAAGUGCCUACGAGUGUGAAUCCAGGCCCGAGGCAUACGAUAGACGCUAUCUUAGGACUCAAUGGCCAGAGGCAAGUUACUAGAGUGCAGAGUGAGUUUGAACAGAGGAGAGAGGAGAGGGAGUGUGAGACUGUACCAGUGUCGCCAGGAGCUAUUGAAAGUGCCGGCGAGGGUUCCUGCAACAGCAACGAUGGCUACAGUCAGAGAACUCCAACCGAUGACAAGUCUCCACCAGGCAGUGACGACGAAUCAGCCCGUCCUGGUUCAGCGGCAGACAACAAGAAGAAACAUCGACGGAACAGAACAACAUUCACCACGUACCAGCUACAUGAACUGGAAAGGGCUUUUGAAAAGAGCCACUACCCUGAUGUAUACUCCAGAGAGGAACUUGCGAUGAAAGUCAACCUGCCUGAAGUCAGGGUACAGGAUGGCAAACGAGUAGUCGGAUUACCUGGUGGUAAGCAAUCAGCGCCGCCCAUGGACAUCCGCAACAACGGGAGAGUGACGAGUGCGUUGUCGACCUUUUGGGGAUUUAGAGAUUGGGUAUGGUUCCAAAAUCGUCGUGCAAAAUGGCGUCGCCAGGAGAAGAUGGAGGCGGCUCGGCUUGGUCUUUCGGAGUACGGAUGUGGGGCAGGAGGUGGCAUUCCACGGCUCGGGGGCUUGGGACUGCCAGUGGAUCCCUGGCUAGCACCUCCUUUGCUCACAGCAUUACCAGGUUUCCUGAGCCAUCCCCCGUCUGGCUACCCAAGUUACCUUACGCCACCAGCGCCGGCGACAAGUGGCGCCCCCCCGGACCCGCGGUCAUCUUCCAUUGCAGCGCUUCGCAUGAAAGCGAAGGAACAUGUAGAAAGUCUCAAUAAAGGAUUACAGAUGGUCUAA